AUCCUCUCGGCUGAUUUCCACAUGUUCUCCAUAAUUGUGUUUUCCCAUUUUUUAACUAGAUCAAUGUCGAUAAGAAAUGGAAGUGGUUGUGCUGCAAUACCUAACGAAUCCACCUAAAUACCACGAAGGUGUCUGAUUAUUUUUCAACACUCAUUUACCCGGGGCAAAGUAUCAAUCGACUGUUAACCUCAAAAAUCGUUUUUAGCCAGCAAAAUCAUUGAACCAUGCAAAAAAACGAGCCUGAAGACGACGUGGAUUGUGAAGACUAGAAAUAUCAAAAAAAAUUUUGUGUCCACACUUUCCCCUGUCUUAAAUUCUGCUAAAUGAUCUUCAAUAAAACUUAAAUAUCUCUGAAGACUCAGGGAUUUUCAAUAAAUUAAUGAAAAUUUCAAUGAUUGAAGUUUAUGGAAAAUUCCAGAAGUGUCGGUUCCAUUGAGCAACGAUUUUUUAUCACAGCAAAUUACAAAUCAACCGCAGCGUUACAACAUCCUGGACAAUCCGAAAUGUUUAAAGGAGGCCAUGCAUGUAUCAGGUCGUUCAGUGUGCAAUUGUCAUGCUAUCUGGUUGAUUGAGCACUUGCUGAGGAAACCAGUCUAUAUAAAAGAAUGAUUCCCCACAAUUUGGCAAUAACCUCAAAAGGAUUCGAGGCACCAAGAUGUGGCUCCUGCAGUUCAGUAAUCCCACGAUCAUCACUUUGCUGAUAUGCAUUGGACUCGGUGUGACCCUCCAGGAGGAAUGGAACACGAGUCUUGAUGGUGCUGAUGACAGCGGAGCUGAUUUCUUCGAUUUUCCGCUGUCAAAACUCCUGAAGCAGAUGAAGCAGAUUGAAGGGGACAGGGAGGAGCAGGAGGAGGUGGAGGAGAUUCCCGAGACCAUCCGGAAGGUCCCCAAGCCCUUGCCCAUCGAGCCAGAAGCCGAAAUGCUGCCUGCUCACUACACCGGCGUCAAAUCCCCCGGUGUCGAUCACAUGGAGCUGGUGAUAACGGACGCCAAGAUGGAGAACUCCGAUGGUGACGUCUACAUGGUCGCUGUGAAGAAUAAGAAGAAUCCUCUGGUGAAGAAAGGAGCCGACGUGAUACGCAAAAAGCAUUUCAAGAUAAUUAAGAAAAAAAAAUCAGGGAAUAAUCCGGAGGGCGAGGAGGGGUCGAAGCAGCGGAGGAAUAUGAAGACCGUACGAAAUUAUGUUUACGAAGGGAUUUUCCAGAAGGAAGGUAGCUCUGAAGAAGACGAUCAGAGAUCGGAUGAAAAAAGAAGUCCAAACGAUAAACUGUAAUCGAUAUUUUUUGGAAUUUAAUGGAGUUGAAAAAUGGUUUCCUGGAUUUUUAAUGGAAAUAAAAACGUUGACGUUUAUCAUGUUUGUAAUUAUUUUAUUGUUAUUGCUGUACAUUUUGCUGGAAUGUCAUAU